AUGCGUCAUUUGUUUACUUCGUCUAGUUCUUUUUUAUCAACUGGUAUUCUCCGUCCACUCAGAGCUUUACAUUAUGUCCAGGGUCAAUCGCCCGAACCUAAAAUCCGAGAAUAUUUUUAUUACAUUGAUCAUCAAGGACAGCUGUUUCUGGAUGAUGCAAAAAUCAAAAACUUCACUUCAUGUUUUAAAGAAAAGAAAUUUUUAGAAUUCUUCUACAAGAGAUUACGUGUCAACAGUACUCAGAAGUAUCCAGAAUUUCCUUAUUUAUCUCUCUGUGGUCGAGAAAGGAACUACAUCCGUUGCGAUGACAGACCAAUAGUCUUCACUGAACUGAUCACGGAUAAAACAAGACGUGAAGUCAGAGGCUUUUUCUUCAGGGCAGCAAAUCACGAGAUCAGGCGAAGCGGUGGUGCUCCUCUCUCAGUUCAGUAUCGUCUCCACCAUCUAUGCUCUGGGUAUGCCAGUGUUCCCCAAAUCAAGGUUCUCCCUGCAAAUUUUCAAAUAUGGGGGUGCCCUACCUCCCUCCUUGGAAUUCUACCUGUACCUUCUCCUACUUUUGGUCACCUGAUCAAACCCGUCUCCUUCCUUUGUAUGAGUACCUGUCACCAUCACUGCCCAAGAGGCAUGGAAAGUCCUCUGCCUUCCUUGAAAUUCCACCUGGGCUCCUUCCUCCUUGGUCAUCUGACCAAACCCGUCCCCCAAGGCUAG